AGGAUUUAUGAAAUAUGUAUCUAAUUCUCAAGGCCAUUUAGAAAAUUACCGAACCCAGUCGAUAAAUAUAUCAUUUCAUACAAGUGAGUUCGCAGUGUUUUCAUCCAAAAUCAUGGAUUUAACAAUCGCGAUUGUUUUCAUUGUAGCCUUCUUUUUGUCAGUUGUUUUCCUCAGAAGACCAAAGAAUUUACCGCCUGGAUAUUUCGGAAUUCCUUAUAUAGGAUCCGUGCAAAUGUUGCUAAAGUUUCGUGGUAAAAGACCUCAUAUUGUUCUGGAAGAAGAGUCCAAACGGCUGGGCAACAUAUUCCGGUGGUAUUUGGGCAACCAAAUGAUCGUUGUUUUAAGUGGGUAUGAUAUUAUUCACGAGGCUCUUGUAAAGAAAGCCGAAACUUUUAGCAACAGGCUACUAGAUCCACGAAAUCCACUUUUCUCAAACGAAGAAGGAGAAUCUGGAAUUGUGACAGGACAAUACGAUCAAUGUUGGAAGGAGUUACGACGCUUCACGCUUCAAGCUCUUAGAGAUUUUGGAGUGGGGAAAGCUUCUAUUGAGGAAAAGAUAGCUGUAGAAAUAGAGACAGCAACAGAAUAUCUGGAAGGCAGUAACGGAAAACCUACAUCAAUGAAUGAUUUAAUGCAGAAGGUGGUAGCAAAUGUUAUCUUUGGAAUCAUCUUUUGUAAAAGGUAUGAAUAUGACGAUCCGGAAUUCGAUAAAACUCGAGCACUGACUAACAUUGUUGUAAGCGGUGCAGGUGCCGUCAGCCCAUCUACCUUUAUGCCAAAAUUUCUUGUUAAGUUGGUCAACCGGAAGGAUUUUGAUGUCACCGAGAGCCGGUGGCAAAGUGUCAAGAAAAUGCGCAAAUAUGUGUUCCAACAAAUAGAAGAACACGAGGCUACGUUUGACAGAGACAACAUCCGGGACUUUGUUGAUAUCUAUAUCCAAACUAAGACUGAAGGGGACGAAAGCAUACGGAAAUUUGUAACAAAGGGAAACAUGUUCCGCGUUAUCUUUGAUCUAUUCUUUGCUGGUUCUGAAACUACGUCAACAACGUUAGAUUGGGCGUUUUUAUUUAUGACAGAAUUCCCGGAAGUCCAGAAAAAAUGUCAGGAUGAGAUUGAUAAAGUACUUGGUGACAAGGUCAUAGAAUAUUCAGAUCGUACCAAGCUUAUAUACGUAAAUGCCGUCAUUAUGGAAAUUCAGAGAUGUGCUCAUUUAGUACCACUGAACGUCGCGCACGGCACCAGUGCAGACACGUCACUUGGAGGAUACAAUAUUCCCGCUAAAACCAUGAUUAUACCUUCACUCUAUUCUGUUCAUAUGGAUACAAAGUAUUUCUCGAAUCCAGAAAAAUUUGAUCCAGACAGAUUUCUAGAUGGACAGGGUAACCUGUUAAAGAACGAAGCUCUUCUGCCAUUUUCAACAGGACCCCGUGUAUGCAUUGGCGAACCAUUGGCAAGAAUGGAGCUAUUCUUAGUGUUUGUUUACCUGAUCAAGAGAUUCAACUUUGCCAGAGAAGAUCCAAACAAGCCGCACACACUGGAAUCCAAACACUCGCGGGUUACUAACAUUCCAUUGCCUUAUAAGUUGCGGGCUACCAAAAGAAACUGACUAUUCUAAAUAUAAAGAAUG